UUAGAGUAACUGUUUAAAGGGGCCUCCGUUUUGUUGAAUGCAACAUUCAGCACGACAAAUCCAUGCUUCUCUGGCUCUUCGUAUAGCAUCAGGAUGGUGCUUGAUAGUUACUGUGCUUCCACGAUCCGAUUUCUUAGCUCUUCCUGAGUGCCAACUGCCACAGAAUAAACCAUGGACUUCAUUCAGCCCCACACAAAAUAAUCUAAUAGGGUUAAAUCUGGAGAUCGUUGUUGCUAUUUAACAAGUCCGUUUCGACCAACCCAUCGGUCUCCAUAAGUUGAAUUUAAAAUAAUCAGUGACACUAUUAGAAAAGUGAGCUGUAGCACGGCCAUGCGUAAACCACAGCCUCUGUCUAAUGACUAGCGGAAUAUCUUCAAGGAGUUUAUGAAGAUUAUUUUGCCGAAAAUGUAAGUAAGAUAUACCUGACAGCCUAGAUGGCAAAAAGAAGGGGUCGAUGAUGUUGUCGCUUAGAAGACCACACCAGAGA